AUGUCUUCCGUACUACCGGUGGAUUAUCUAUGCGGUACCAUUGCAGCCCUCGUUGCCGGUGGCCAGCAGCGAGUUGGCGAGGACUACGACUUCGUAAGCCUGCGGGCGCCCACAUUCGAGGAGUUUUUCAAAGUCAUGAAUCGGGUCAGCGGUGGUAAAGGACUGAUAAGCUUUCGUGAAUGGCACAGCCGGGCACUUGAGUAUGCAGCCACCCACCCCAACAAUCCACUGGCUCGCAUCACCACUAUCACCGACGGCCACAACGACGAGACUGCAGCUUAUUUAGUGAAAGGCGGCCAGAUUGAUAACAAGCAUGUCCUCGGGCUUGAUUUUGAAUCUGCCAUUCUGGUUGAUGAGGGAUAUAUACGCAAAUAUUUAGAUCGUAUUCACGCCGCGAGCUAUAGCGGAUAG